AUGAGUUCCUUUAUUAAAUGUGACUGUGGAAAAUUAAGUGUAAAUGGUGAUGAUUGGCCCAGUUUUGAAAAUUCUAAUGCAGAAAAUAGUAUACCGGCAAAUUAUGAUGGCAAGGAAAAAGAGUCUGUAGAUAUUAACUCAGAAAAGAAUAAAUCUCCAGAAGAUGCAGUUGAAUCAGUGGCAUCUUUGCCAUAUGCUAUUCAAUUUCCAAAUGAUCCAGCUUUCAUAUCCAAUAUUACAAUGUCUCCAGAAUUAUUUGCUCAAGUAGCUUUGCAACCACCUUGUCAACCAGCACCGUUCGAUCUAAAAAAUCAUAAGUUUCCAACAAAAAAACAAGGUAAAUACACUCGUUCAUUUCAUGAAGGGCAUUAUUUAAAAAAAAUUGCAUCUGGCCAAUUUGUUAAAAGAAAUUGGGUGUCAUAUUCACCUACAGCUGAUAGAGUAUACUGUAUAGUAUGCAAAUUAUUUGGAACCACAGAAUGCAAAAGCUACAAAUUAGCUAAAUCUGGUUAUGAUAAUUGGAAGCAUUUGGCAUAUGUAUUUAAAAAGCACGAAGCUACUCCUGACCAUUUACAAGCUGAAAUAAGACGGGCAAUGUACAUAAACAAUCAAAGAGUUGAUCUUCAAUCAUUUCAAGGAUUAAAUUCUAAAGUUGCUGAAAACCGAGAGAUUGUGAAAGAAAUUAUUAAAACAUUGUUAUUCUUGUCAGGACAAAAUAUGGCAUUCAGAGGACAUAAUGAAAAUUGGAAAUGUAAAGGGGAAGAAUCGGUUGACGUUUUAAUCAAAUAUACAACUACUGAUGUUGCAAACCUUGAACAAUUUUCUUUAUUUGUGCGGUUUUUGAAUGAAGAUAGAGAUGUUGAAGAAAGAUUGGUAGCUAUGAAGUCUUAUGAUGGCGCAGCUAGUAUGCAAGGUUGCUAUUCUAGUGUAAAGACAUUGGUCCAAGAAAAAAAUCCAAGAGCCAUUUAUGUUUGGUGCUUUGCUCACGUACUUAAUCUUGUUGUAGUUGAUAGAUGCGAUAAAAAUAUUGUGACUAGAAUUUUUUUUGCUAAUUUACAAUCACUGGUAUCUUUUAUGAGAGCUCGAAAACGUACAGCAUUAUUUAUAGAAGCUCAGAAAAAAUAUUACCCCAAUGAAAGAAUUUGUAAAAUUAAAAACUUUUCAAAUACUCGUUGGACAUCCCAUCACCAAGUAUUACGUGUUAUUUGUACUAAAUAUAAAGCUGUUAUGAAGACAUUAAAAGAUUUGUCACUUUCACAUGAUCGAGAAACUUCUUCCACUGCUAAAAAUUUACAAACAGUUAUGUCUUCUUUUAUGUUUUCGUCAAGUAUAGAUUUUAUUCAAGCUCUAACAAUAGUAGACAACUGUGCCAAAAGCCUGUCUGAUAUGAGAGAAGAUCAUCUAGCAGAUAGAUUAUUAGAUGACGCAAGACAAUUUGCUGAAGAUAAUGGAUUAAAACAGAGAUGUUUUCCAAAUAAACGAAAGAUAAUAAAAAAGGUGAUGGAUGGUGAAAAUAAAGGAAAUGAGACAAUAUUCUUGAGUCCAAAUAAAAGAUAUAAAGUUGAAGUAUAUAACACAGUUUUGGAUCAAAUUGUAUCAUCAAUAACAUCCAGAUUUGAAGGGGCUAGAAAAAUUUUAGCAGAUCUAUCAUUUUUUUCAUAUGAACGACUAAUAUCAAUAAAUGAAGGAUGUUCUAUACCUGAAGAUUGUUUUAUUUAUCUUAAGACUUGGAUACAAACUAUACAAAUUGAUGAAUUAAAAAUGGAAUACAUUACAUUUGCUAAAUGUUUUAUGGAACUCAAAAACGGUAUUAACAUUAAAAAGUUACAUAAAGAAUCAGGUUCAGACAAUGAAAACGAUGACGAUGAACUUAAUGAUUCUAGCAGUGAUACUGAAACUGAAAGUAACACAGAUACACAACAAAUUACUGCUUUAGAUAUUAUUAAAUUAUUAAAUUCGUAUAAUUUAAUAUCUGCACUUCCAAAUUUAUAUACAGCAUAUAAAUAUGCAUGCACAAUACCAGCAACAUCAGCUUCGUGUGAACGGUCUUUUUCUAAAUUAAAGUUAAUUAUAACUAGAUUAAGAUCUACAAUGAAACAAAAUUUACUGGAACCUAUAAUGUUACUAUCAUGUGAAAGAAAUAUUGAUAUAAACGAGGAUGAAGCUGUUAACAACUAUGCAAAUAGUUCACAAAUAUUAAAAGAGGCAUUGUUAUUUAAAUAA